AUGGAGGAGAGAGAAGGCGAGGAGAGAGAGAGGGAGCCGAAUAAGAAGAAGCAGGCCCUAGUGGCCCAUGUCUCCGACGCCGUGACCCGGCUCAGGAAGUUGGUGAUGAUGUCCAACGCUGGUCGGAUCGAUGAGAGCUCCGGUGCAAACGAUGUCCUACAGGUCGGCGGUGAGGCACGUGGAGCGGAUGAGGUCAAAGGCCAGCUUCUUGCAGACGGCGGAGGCGGGGGAGGCGACGAUAUUUGUGAAGGCAGACUUGAUUACAAACUGGAGAGAGGGGAUGAAAUCUCACCUGCCCCUUUCAAAGCAAUUGAAGAAUCGAAGCUUUCGGUUAUCAUUUUCUCCAAAAACUAUGCUUCUUCUACAUGGUGCUUGGAUGAACUUGCACACAUACUCGAAUGCAGAGAUCAAGCGCACAUACUCGAAUCCAGAGGUGAACAGUUUGUUAUACCCAUCUUCUACGGCGUAGAUCCAUCAGAUGUACGCAAACAAUUUGGGAGUUAUGCAGAUGCAUUUGUUGAACAUGAGAAACGUUUCAAGGACUCAAUGGACAAGGUGCUGAGGUGGAGAGAGGCUUUGACAACAGCAGCCAAUAUAUCUGGGUUUGAUUCCCAAACAAUUAGGCCCGAGUCUGAAUUAGUUAAGAGGGUGGUCAAUGACAUUUUGGCGAAAUUGGAUGGCAAAUCGCAAAACGCAGGUGGUUUGGAGCGCUGGGUUGGAAUGGACAAACACAUAAUUCAACUUGUUGAGUUAUUAUGCCUCAACUCACGGGAUGUCCACAUUGUAGGCAUUUGGGGUAUGGGUGGUAUCGGUAAGACCACCAUUGCUGAUGCUGUAUUUCACCGUCUCUCUUUUGAAUUCGAAGCUUGCUGCUUUAUUAAAGAUGUUAGGGAAAAAGCAUCAGAGACGAAACAUGGACUACCAUAUGAUUUGCGAAAUGAUCUUUUUCGUACUUUACUAAAGGAUGAAAAAAUACGCAUAGACACCCCCUCUAUCGGAUCAACUUUUAUGAGAGACAGGCUUGGCCGUACAAAGGCUCUCAUUGUUCUUGAUGAUGUGAGUGAGUUUUCCCAAUUAGAAUUUUUUGCUGGAGGCGAUUUGAAUCUGUUUGGCCCUGGAAGUAGAAUCCUUGUAACAAGAAGAAAUAAACGCAUAUUUCGGAACGGUGAUGAGAUAUAUGAGGUUGAGGAAUUAGACGUCGAUGAAGCUCUAGAGCUCUUUUAUUCGAGAGCUUUUAGAAAUAAGUCUCCCCCGGGUGAUUAUACAACUUUUGCAAAAGAGGUGGUAGAUUAUGCGGGAGGCAAUCCAUUGGCUCUUACAAUCUUGGGCUCCGUAAUAUUCUGUCAUUGCAAGAGCAAAGAAGACUGGGAAGGUGAAUUAGUGAAAUUGAAAAAAUUUCCUAACAAAAGAAUCCAGAAUGUAUUGAGAUUCAGUUAUGAUGGAUUAGAAGAAAAUGAGAGGGAGAUAUUUCUCGAUAUCGCCUAUUAUCACAAAGGGAAGCAAAUUGAUGAGGCAAAAAGAAUUUUAGAUGCCUGUGGUUUUUGUGCCAAUGCAAAUUGA